UCGAAGGGGGCUGACUUGAGUUGGUCCCUCUAGCAAGGCUUCGGCGCAGGAGCCAUGAACACCCCUUUCUACCGCGAACUUGCGGUGAGAGCCGCCAUGACGGCCCUCGCGUUUUUCGACAUACUGUCAGAGAAGCGGGUCCGCCUGGACACCACGUGCGAUGUUCAAAGCGAUUUGGAGUUGUCUCUACCCAUUCAGCAGGGCACCGGGGCAGGUUCUACUGGUGCGACAAUGGGAGCGGAGGGUUCGGGGGUCGUGUGUUCGCGGGAGAUGUCCCGUGGCGACAAUUGGGGGAAUUUCGACACCGACGAAGAGGACGAGGCCCUGGUGGCGGUUGCCUCGCUUGCGACACCGACUCGGGUCUCAGCGCUGCGUAUUCAGGAGCGGCUGGCAGACUGUUCACUUCGGAAGGAGUGGUCGACGCCCACCAAGGGUUCUCGUCCCGUGGUCGGUGAAGACGUUCGUCUUCAAGAAGUGGGGUGCGGUGGUGAGGAGGGCGUGAGACGAACUCAGGCAAAGCGUGGUGCAAGUUCGCGGGAGGAAAGUAUUGAGGGAAUGAAAAAAACGAAGACAAACACACCUCGAUCGGCAGGACGUAAAAGGAAGGGCGCAGAGGGAGGAGGCGAGACGUCAGCAACAAAAAGGCCGUCUUCGAGCACUCGAGAAUCAGGGGCCGCCAUUGUGUCCGAGGGGAGAGUCAUCGAUAUUGAGGCCCGUUAUUUCUUGGAGUGGGACAGCGGCGUUCGGACUAAAAGGGAAUUUCUUAUCAACCCGCGGCAGGUGCUCCCGAUCGGACAGUGGGAGCCGUCUUACAACCAGCGUUCCCUCGAUCCAGUGCUUAUGCAGUGGAUCAUGCGCGCUAUAACCAGGGCAGCCCAGGAUAAGCAGAGUUCGUACGAGCUGCCCACGUUGAAGCUGGCUCCCCUCGGGCUGGAGAGAUCGCGGGACAAUGUGCCUGCGCGAAGGCUGAAGCCCGAGGAAUGGAAGGACGAGUUGGCGCGCGAAUACUACUACUAUGCGGUGGUCAGGCAGCACAACGCCGCGGCGGGCAACUUGUUGCUUGGGACCGACGUCGCGGACAAGUACAACUUCGAUAACUGGCCCGCCUGCAUGGUGUACUUCUYCGACGAYGACUUCGGUGGAUACUUCAUUGUCAGCUCRWAGGACAACAAGAAGGACCUCAAGGCCCCUCCUCGACAACUCAAACUCGCGAUGCAAGAUAUCCGCUGGUUUUGGCAGCAAAAGGGUUGCCCUAGAGCGGUCAUGGGAAACCCGCGGGGGAAAGAGAAACAAGUUGAAGACUGGCGGGCGUUCUGCGCGGUUGCGCUCCACAAAACACCCUACAUACACCUGUGGACUCUUGCCGACAGCAAGGAGGAGGACGCUGCGAAGAGGCAGAAUGCAGCCCUUCGAUGUUACUUCCCGCUGGUCAUGGCCGGAGAAAAAGCUUGGCAGGACGGGAUGGCUUUUCUCGGGAAGUGGGAGACGGGGAGACUACUGGCCCCCGACGGGGCGAAGUGGAUAACCAAGAAGAAGAAGGUGAAGGGCGUGAUGGAGGGUGUGGACUUCCGCGACAAUGAGAAGACGGGCACGAAAGAAGUGGUUUACAAUGUCCAUGUGGAAGCCCCCACGAAGAAGGGCAAGAAGGAGAAAGAGYCCGGCAAAUGGUAUGUGCAAGUCCCGRAACCGGAUGUACAGUGCUGGAAGAUUAUGGAAUCCCUUAYAGACAAUGAGAAACGCCGUUUGUUAGGGAAGGUCAUGAACUGCGAGGUGGUCUGGGUCCAGUCGGGCUCUUCCUCGUUGGCCAAGCAAGGGAAGCUCGGCAUUACGGAGGCUGUGCAACUGGCUAAGUGCGACCGGGUUUUGGUCCGCUUAUGGAACUUUUACAAGUUCAAACAUGAGGUCAAACCGGACUSCGAAUGGACCGCGAGGUUCAAUUUAGUUAAAAAAAGGGAACAGAUUCUGACAGAGUUCGAGGCCAUGGGAAUGGAUGCAGGGCUGUGGGACGGGAGUAGGAAGCUUGUGGUGGACGCGUCGCUGUUCAGGGAAUGCCCUCUGUACAUGGGAUGCGACGACGACAAGAACAUCAAGGCCACUGAAAAACUGGCGGCCAACGAAAAGUUGACCCCUAAGUGGUGGAACAAGGUCGUGCCCGUGUUGAACGGCGGCAGGGCGAAGCAACGGGAGUUAUUCCCGGGGAGUUGGACGCUGGUGGUUUUCGUUCCCCGACAUUGGGACUUGUCAUUCAUGACAAGCCUUCGGCAUCUUUCCGUCGUCAGGGCAAUGGCUGGGAGGUGGGUGCGGCAGGCCCAACAGAAGAAGACUAUUCCCAUGGGCCACAACUGGUACUACAUAGAGGACCGCAUGUAUAUUCUCUUCAAAGGUGACGACCUUCGAGAGAACACUGCGGUCGUUUACGAUGCGAGGCUGUCGGGGGGGGACGCUGCGGCGGUGGGGGUCCAUCAGAAAGUCACUCCCACGGACAUAUCUGAGAUGCCUUUCCAUCCUUGCGAGUGGCCGUUGUUGACCACGGGACACGAAGGGAAGGUGUACAAAGAGAUGGAGCGGAACCUGGGGCAAUUGACGAAUCUGUUGGCGUUCCUCUGCAAAAGAGGGGAAGGUGUCACGUUUAUCGGGAAACCACAUGCGCAAGUCGUCUGGGAGGUGUUGCAAAGCGGGCGUCAUGUCGUCGCGUUGGAAGGAAACUCGGAGUUGUUGCAGUACAUGGUGGACUACGUCAAAAUCGAGGUCAACUCCGGAUCCAGCCGAUGCGAGUUCGCCGUGCGGACCGAGAAAGUGGUGCGCGUCUGGGAUCCGUCGACGGACAUGUGGUUCAAAUUGAGUGAGAGGAAAAGAAACAAGAUUUUCCACUUCCUCUUCCUGGAAACCCGGCCGAAAAGUGAAGCCGACCAGGAGCACAUGCGACGCAGGGACCACAUGUUGUCGUUGCUUGACAACUACCAUGGCACCGAUCGGAGAAAUGCGAAGAACUUUCUCGACAGGUUGGCGGGUCUGUACUUCGAAGAGUCUAUCCAGAUCUUGAGGUACCACGACUACGCGUCGAUGGUAUCCACCAAGGAUGAGGACGAAACGGGGAUUGUAUUUGAAGCUGGCAUGACAGAGGAGGGCAGCAAUACGGAGAGUCUCGACAUCGGUUACGCGCCCUCGCCUGGCCCGACCACCGCCGGUUCUUCAACAGCCGGCCCGGACGGAGGGACGGGCGGAGGGGACGAGGCCACUGGGAAGGACACGACGCAAGAGGUGCAUCGCCCGACCGGCAGUGUCGUCUUCAAUGCGGGAGAUGUCGAACCAGUGGAACAGGGGACGUGCUCUGCAGAACCUGCGGGUGGAGGGGACAAGGCCACCAGGAAGUUCACCGGGAUCCAGACUACAGUCUCGGAAGAACCAGCCUCCCUAUUUCCGACAGCCCAACUUUACGAUAUGGCGCGACGCGGCCACGACCGUUCUCGCUGGGGGGUCGAUGUUGUGGAGGACAGCAAGUUGGACGGGAUACACAUUACAGUGGAAAAGCGAUCAGCGACAGAGGACGGAUCGCAGACCGUGUCCGAGGCUGGAAGGUGGGGCGCUGAAGCCCUCACAUCUUUGAAGUCCGCUGGCAUCCGGACUUCGACGAGCAGCUCCGCUGGGGAAGCCAAUGCUGCGCCGGCAGGGGAGUCCGUCGUCGAGGGGCCGGGGCAGAGUGACUUGGACAAGGCAUGUGAGACGGGUUUGUCGUGUGUUGAGAAAGCAGACAAGGGGUCGGAGAGGGUCGGGGGGGGGGAUGGUAGAGACGACAAGCAGAUGGGGGUCACUAAAAGGCUUGAUGACGGAAGCGGUGUGGAAGGCAAUUUAAGCAGUGAGGUGGAGGGCACGGAGGACCGGGUGGAAAGUUGUGGCGACGACGACGAUUUCACAGACGCAGGCUCCGGAGAGUCGGCCGGCGAGUUCAUCCGGUUGUACGGUGGGCGCAACGACGAGGAUGCUGAGUGCGGGACACCUGCAAUGGCCAUCGAGACGGAGCUCGCUAUCCAACUUUCCGAGGAGGGCGAAAAUUACAACGUUUCCCCUUUGCGGGGUGUUGUAGAAACCGCAGUCGAGAGCCAUGACAUUGAACUGCCGCUGAGUCCUGCGAAACCUGCAGGUCGGCUGCUCAUUGAUGAGGUCGUGCAUGGCAUCCUCGGUCCGCGGAAUAGGUCCCCUCCUCCACUGGAGAACGGCGAGGGCAAUGCAGGUUCCGGUCGACCGGCGAUUGGUUCCAUGGAGUUGUCGGGUACAGGGCCUCUAGCGGAGUCCGACAAACUCAUCGGCGACACAAAGAACGAUCUUGGGGGCGGCCGACAAUUCGACAGCGAGGUCAAGUAUGGGGACGACCCUGCGGCUGCGGAGGUGCUCAGAAGUCCUGCAAGGCAGUCGGCGUCGUUAUCCGGAGACGUUAAGCGGGCUGGGCCUCUGACACGGUGGGGAGAAUUCGUCACCGUGGCUGCGCGUCCAAGCUCGCAGGUUCUGCAUGACCUUCUGCGCGGGGCCGUGCCGCCUGAGGCUGUCCUGGCUACACUUGCAGACGGACAACUGAGAGUUGCAGCGAGGGAUUUCCACGCCCUUUGGGAUAUUGAUGGCAAGCUUAAUGACAAGGUCGUCAACUUCUACAUGGCUCUCCUAGGGUCCACAGCGUGUCGGCGCCGUCAGCUGUCCACCGGGCUUCGUGUCUUCAAUUUCAACACGUUUUUCUUCGACAAGUUGAAACGGCAAGGGAACAUCGGGGUGAGAAGGUGGGCACGGGACGUCGAUCUCCUACAACACGAUAUUGUCUUUGUGCCUGCCAGUGCACAAAGACAAUGACCACUGGGUCCUUCUGUCUGUGAACUUGAGGGACGGUGUCCUGGAGAUUUUUGACUCGUUUGCACGUGUGAACGCCGAAAAGGA